ACUUCCUUUCUUAGCAAUCUUUUCAAAUUUUCAAACGCCAUUUAGCGGUGUGGGUCGCACUAUUAAUAAAGUUAUGAACCGAUAAAUAAUUUAGCCACUGAGAAAAAAGUUCUCUUGAAAAAUCGAGUACUACGUGGAUGUAAGAGGAGUAAAUUGCGUUUUAAUAUGUGUCUAUUAGUAUUCCCAAAGGAAACGCAUAUGAAAAACAAAUGAGUAAGAAGUAGUUUCUAUAAUAAGAUAUCCAGUCGAAGAAUAGGAUGCGUCAGGCGAUUGUACAUGUUCUUUGUCUUUAGACAUUUUUUUCGACUGCAGUUUUAUAGGUAAAAAUGCGAAGAGAAUGUUAUUUGAAGGUCGACUAUCUUUUUAGUUAAAACAAUCCAAACUAACUGAAUGUUUUGUUAAAAUGCGUUCGAACGAAAUUUAUCCUUCAGAUUUUCAACAACCAUCACGCUAAGUUGUCUAAAUAUUUUGAACAGCAGCUUCCUUGAAACUGCUCGUAGAAGUCAGCUGCACCACAUGCGUCAGUUCUGUUUCACUUCUGAUUGAGAAAGCCUCUACAUUCUAUAUUUUAGUUUCCGUGACUUCUCCAUAUUAUUCCGUUACCACUUGCACGGGUAUUGAAGCAGGAAUGGAGUCCAAGUAACGUAACCGUCUUUCUUUCGUUUUAAAAUGAACAGAUACCACUUUUUAUAUUUAUGUCGUAAACAUUUUUAACGAUUCAAAUUUUGCCAGAUAUAAUGUCCAAUAGCUUCAAUAUUCAUAACAAGGGUAAUUCAAACGUUCAAAGUCGAGUGAGUCUCUCUUCAAGAAUGCAACAGAGUUUUAAAAAAAUGAAGAGGAGCAUUCAAAAGAUAACCGAGAACAUUCAAGAGGACGAGAAGCAACCGAAAUACCUAUUUCCGGAACGGCUCUCCUCUUUAACGUGUCGAACAGGAUUCACGAAGGACGAAAUACGAAAGCUCUAUCGUGCUUUUAAGCAACAUUGUCCUAGAGGAGCCGUAACCACGAACGAUUUGAAACCAGUUUACGCGAAAUUAUUCCCAUUGGGCGACCCAGCGAAGUACACGCAGAUCGUUUUUAAUACUUUCGACAGAGACAAAGAUGGUAUCGUUAGUUUCGGUGAUCUUCUCACUGAAAUAUCUUUGAUCAUCAUCGGCGAUACGGAUCAGAAGCUCUCCUGGAUCUUCAGGCUUUACGACUUGAACGGGGACGGUUAUAUCACAAGAAAAGAAAUGUUGGUCAUAGUGUCGGCGAUUUACGAGAUGCUACAUAACGGACAGAGCGUUCAGCGGAUGGCAGACAGACACGUGGACAAGAUUUUUAAAAAGAUGGAUCUAGAUAAAGACGGUGUCAUAUCCCAAGAAGAAUUUAUGAACAGCUGCAAAAAUGAUUCUGUAAUCAAAAGUCAACUGGUACUAUUUAAUCAAUUUUGGUGAUCGAAAAAUUGUUUAAUUAUUUUUUAAAGGAUAACAAUGGAAAAAUGUAUUUACAGUAUUAAUCACUCUAGAUGAGAUAGUUGUAAGUGUGUGUAAUGUAUUUACAAUUAAUAUGUAAUCGAUGUUAUAAAUUAUUAUAUUAUUGUGCGUGUACUAAUUGAUAAUUAUACACCCUAAUAUUGUACAAGUUUCAUUUUAGAUCUCAUAUUCAUUAUAGUUUUUAAAUUUGGUAUCAAAACGCGCAUUGAAAAUCGUAUGCUUGCACCAUCUGGCGGUAAAUGGCAAAGCUAACCAAAUAAAAAAUGACUUUUUCUUAUAAAAUAAAUAAUUUUCAAUUCUUUUUAUUUUCAUAAUAAAAAUUGUAUUUAUAAAACAGCUUUUGGGUUUAAAAUUAAAUAACAAAUAUCAUUAUAAAUAAAGAGAUCAAUAUCUGAACUGUGUCUUCAAAUUAUGAUGAGUAAUUUCUGAUUCUCAAUUCAAUGCUAGAGGCACAGUGCUCAAUUGAUCUGCCCAUCACCGCUCCAGAAAAUGUUUCUCUUUGCAUGAAAGAAUAAUCAUACAAUUUUUG